GCCAUGGUGGCCCGCGCGCACGGUGGACACGCUCCCGACGGGGCUGCCCGGCGCGGCCUCCUGGCCCUGCUGCUCGCCGUGUCCGCCCCGCUGCAGCCGCGCGCCGAGGAGCCGGGUAAUGGCUGUGGGCACAUAGUGACCUAUCAGGACAGUGGCACAAUGACAUCUAAAAAUUACCCAAGGACUUACCCCAAUCACACUGUUUGUGAAAAGACUAUCACAGUACCGAAGGGGAAGCAGUUGAUCCUGAGGUUGGGAGAUUUGGAUAUUGAAUCCCAGACCUGUGCUUCUGACUAUCUUCUCUUCACCAGUUCUUCUAAUCAGUAUGGUCCUUAUUGUGGAAGUAUGACUGUCCCCAGAGAACUCUUACUGAACACAAGCGAAGUAACUGUGCACUUUAAGAGUGGGUCCCACAUUUCUGGACGGGGAUUUUUACUGACCUAUGCCAGCAGUGACCAUCCAGAUUUAAUAACAUGCUUGGAACGAGCUAGCCAUUAUUUGAAGACAGAAUACAGCAAAUUUUGUCCAGCUGGUUGUAGAGAUAUAGAAGGAGACAUCUCUGGGAAUGUGGUGGAUGGAUAUAGAGAUACCUCUUUGUUAUGCAAAGCUGCCAUCCAUGCAGGAGUAAUUGCGGAUGAACUAGGUGGUCAGAUCAACGUGCUUCAGCACAAAGGGAUAAGUCGAUAUGAAGGAAUCCUGGCCAAUGGGGUGCUGUCAAAGGAUGGUUCACUGUCAGACAAGCGAUUUCUAUUUACUACUAAUGGUUGCAGCACAUCCUUGAGUUUGGAACCUGAUAGACAAAUUAGAGCUUCUUCAUCUUGGAAAUGGGCGAAUGAGAUUGAAGAUCAGGUUCAUUGGGCUCCUGGCCAAGCCCAACUUCAGGACCAGGGUCCAUCCUGGGAUUCAGCAGACAGCAGCCAGAACCCAGAAUACCGAGAGUGGCUGGAGAUUGAUUUGGGAGAGAAAAAAAAGAUAACAGGAAUUAGGACCACAGGAUCCACACAGUCAAAUUUCAACUUUUAUGUUAAGAGUUUUGUGAUAAACUUCAAAAACAACUCCAAAUGGAAAACCUAUAAAGGAAUUGUAAAUAAAGAAGAAAAGGUAUUUCAGGGCAACUCUAAUUUUCGGGACCCAGUUCAGAAUAAUUUCAUCCCUCCUAUUGUAGCCAGAUAUGUGCGGGUUGUCCCCCGCAAGUGGCACCAGAGAAUAGCCAUGAAAGUGGAACUCUUUGGUUGCCAAAUCACACAAGGAAGAACUCAGGGAAUCAAUAUGGCAACUGUCAUUAUUCCACUAGUGCUUCUUGUUCUACUAUUUGUUGGAAUGGUGAUCUUUGCAGUCCUGAGAAAGAGGAAGAAGAAAGGAAAUCCUUAUGGAUCAGUUAAAACUCAGAAAACAGACUGCUGGAAACAGAUUAAAUAUCCUUUUGCCAGACAUCAGUCAGCUGAAUUUACUAUCAGCUACAAUAAUGAAAAGGAGAUGACACAAAAGUUAGAUCUCAUCACGAAUGACAUGGCAGAUUACCAGCAGCCUCUCAUGAUUGGCACUGGGACAGUCACCAGGAAGGGCUCUACCUUCCGGCCGAUGGACACCGAGGUGGACAUCCUCGCAGGGAGCAGCCAGGGCCACUAUGACUGCCCCCUGCCGGGCCGCCACGAGUAUGCUUUGCCCUUGGCCAACCCCGAGCCGGAGUAUGCCACACCCAUCGUGGAGCGACACCUGGCCCGUGCACACACCUUCUCAUCCCCUGAUGGUUACCGCGUGCCUGGGCCUCGGCCGUUGCACAAACACUCACUGUCUGCCGGCGGGGGCUAUCAGACGCCCCCCAGCCCGGCACCAGCACGGGGCACCCCUGGCUAUGAUAAGCCCAAAGCCAGCGGCACAGCACCGGCCAACCCCGACUAUCUGAAGCCACAGCUGGAUAACCCCAGGACAGACAGUGCUUACUCAGCUCCCGGAGACUGUCUCAAACCCCUCAACCAGACAGCCAUGACAGCUCUCUUGUGAACACAAUAUGAAAGAAACCUGCUGUGGCACUGAGCAUUAGGUACUCAGUACCUAAUUGAGAGAGUGGGACAUGUGUGUGUGUGUGUUGAUGGGGUGGGUGUCUGUGUGUGUGUUUGUGUUAUGUUACUGUGUGUGUCUAUGUGUGUGUUUCAAUGGGAUCCUGUUGUGGUAUCCCAGAGAUAGGGGACCACCCUCCACACUGUUUACAAAAUCAUGCAGCUGGUUUUAUUCUGACCCUUUAAGGCAAGAGUGUUGGUUUUCACUGG